AUGGCAGAAUUUAACUGUUCCUACAAAAAAGCCCUUAUACUGUAUGUUCCGCCGUCACCUCGACCACCGAAUAUGAAAAAUGACCCACCUCUACUUACACAACCUACAUCUGAAAAUGAAUCAUCACAACAAGAUAAACAGAUUCCCGGGCCUAGUGAUGUGUAUACCUACGCUAGUGUUACGAAAACACCCCCGGAAGAAACGACAAAAAGCCUUAAGUCAGAGAAACCACGGAAUAGAAGAAGGGCCCUCAAAGAACAGGAACAAAACGUACCUGAAUUUUUUUACCGAGUUAGUCAAGUAUAG